AUGUGUGAGGCGAAGCUAGAGCCUGACGUCAUCAGCUAUAGUGCUGGGACCCUCGCUUGCGCGAGGGGCGAGCAGUGGCAGCGGGCCCUGGCGCUGCUGAGCGAGAUGUGGGAGGCGAAGCUAGAGCCCAACGUCAUCAGGUACAACGCUGGGAUCAGCGCUUGCGAGAAGGGCGAGCAGUGGCAGCGGGCCUUGGCGCUGCUGAGCGAGAUGUGGGAGGCGAAGCCGGAGCCGGACGUCAUCAGCUAUAAUGCUGGGAUCAGCGCGUGCGCGAAGGGCAAGCAGUGGCAGCGGGCCCUGGCGCUGCUGAGCGAGAUGUGGGAUGCGAAGUUACGGGCCAACACCAUCCGGUGCGAGAGUGGCGAGUAA